UGUGUGUGUGUGAAUGUAUGUACAUAUCUAGACUAAAACGAAAGCCUUAGCCACUCUCUCUGUCUGUCUGCCUCUCACUCUUUCUCUCUCUCCCUCUCAUUUUCAACUUCCCUCCGUCAAACAUCUAAUAUACAAGACAGUUAACAAAAGUGCUCCGUACCACGCAAGCACCACAUUUAUAAAACUCUUCUGUUUGGUCUCUUUCAAAACCAAUCUUUCUGUUACUUUUUUUUUUUAGCCAUACUGGAGCAUUAAUGUUGUCGUAUUCCGAAACGGCAACUGGGCAGACAGCAAGCCAGACAAAUGCUGAAGACAGCGAUGAAGAAAGUUUGGUCUCUGUAAAACAACGAAUCCAGAGACUGGAGGAAACGAAAUCAAUGACUUUAACACGCUAUCAAGAUGGCCGCAAGAAGCGUGUGCCACCACCCGUUCCCGUCAAACCUCGAUCGAUUUCUCUGCGUGGUGCCGGGGAUGUUUCUGGCAUGUCAAGAGUCUUACCAAUAUUGAACCAGCAACGUCAGAAUGACCUGCACUCACAGUUACCAGAUUCACAGAUGGCCAGGUCGUUAAAUGAUCUCAGUCUAACAGACGAUACUUCUGGUGUUUCCAGUGAACCGAAUGUUCCUCCCUCCGUACAUAGGAUGCUAUACAACAGCCCUCACUCUACUCUACCCAGAUUGAGGAGUGGGUCGGCUUGCAAUCCAGUGAUCGGAUAUUCUGUUCAAGAAAAUAGUGGCAACACACAAACUCUACCGAAUUCUGUGGAUCAUACUACUGACAUACAGUCGGACACACCUACAUAUAACAACACAAAGACAACUUCUAUUUACUCCCUCUUACUACCAAACCGAACACGCUUAGGAAAAUGUGUGGCAUCAGGUCGUGCUAGCAUUGGCUCUAUGCCUUUAAAGCAUACAGAACGAGCAUAUUAUAAACAACAAGACAGUGGUUGGAGACCGAUUAACGAGUCAGAUGUUUCACGUUGUUCGUCACCAGAUAUAUGCGUCAAAUACCAUUCACCACAACUUACUGACAUUUCCAAGGUAAAUACCAAUUCCACACCUAAUCUAUUUAUUGACGAAGCUGCUAAACUGGGCGAGAAAAAAUCUAUCUCCAAGACUCAAAUUGACCCUAUGUCCUCUAGCUUUCCCAAUGAAAUAAUGUUUCAAAACGGAUGUCGUAGUUUCGAGACACCUGAAAGAAAAAUGUCAAUAGAAAACAAUACAGAAACUUUAUCAGGUAAGUCCGAGCCACAGAAUCUGGAAAACGGAAAUCAAUCAAAAAGUUCGUCCGAUAUCGAUAAAAUUGCUUGUGAUAUUAACAAAAACAAUAUUCCUCAACAAGAAUCAAAAAAGGUUCAACAGAAAGAGGAUAGCAUUCCAGUUAAACCAAUUGUUCCUAUCAAAAGUAAGAAAGUGAAUGCUAAAUCUAAUAACUCUAAGAAAUCACAUUCUGGAAGCCAUCAUUCCCGGGAAUUAUCUCAAGAGGAAGUUGAAUUUGAAGAAAAAGCAAAAGAUUUGUAUAAAGACUUGAAUGAAAACGAUAAAGAAUUAUUAAGUGUUUUAAAGCCGAACAACAAACGUGCUACGGAUUAUGUUAAGAGUGUUUUUGAUAUACAGAUUAGAUUAAGUCGUUCAACAACUUUACAAGAACAUCUUGAAAACCAAACACAGACGGAAGGGAAAGAAAAUACAAACGAAGAAAACUGUUCUACAGAUGUAAUUUCGAAAGAAGCUCCAACCCCAGAUCAACAAGACAACAAGGUUGAUGAUAACUGUAUAUUAAAGAAAAAGGAAGAACUGAAAGAGUCCAUUCGAAAAAAACUAGAAGCUCUACAAGUGGUCAAACAAACCAUUGAACGAGAGACCAAAGAUAUCAAUAAUUUAGGAGAAAAGAUCCUUAAUUCUUUGGAAGAACUGUGUGAUAAUCCACAAGAGAAAAACAAAUAUCGAGCUUAUAUUGAAGAUUUACUCAUGGUUAUGCGAUUGUUAAUGAAAUUAUCAGUUCUGCUCGCCAGGGCAGAAAAUUCAGCCAAUUGUGCCGACGAAACACGAAGGAGACUUGCUAUUGAGAAACGAGACCGAUUACACGGACAAUAUCAGGAAGCAAAACAGCUGAAAACUGAUAUCGAUCGGAGGCAAGAGCCAAUUGAAAGUAUAUUGUGUCGUUAUUUGCCGGAUUCUGGUAUCAGAGAUUUCCAUCGUUAUAUUUUAAUGAAGAUCAAAUUAAUUAUAGAACAACAAGAUGUUGAAGAUAAAAUCUUUCUCGCACAAGAACAAUUAGUUGUUGUAAAACGCAGUCUUCCAAUGUCCUAUUCUAAUACACUUCAAAGACUUUCAAAGGAUUCUGUUCCCAAAUAGUAUUAUUUCUUCCCCUCCCACUGUAUGUUGUUUGUUGAAUCUGUUAUUUAAUGUUAUUUGGUCCCAAGUAAACUCUGAUCUGACAUACUUAUGAACAAAGACGUUCUAUCAAUAACUAUCUUGCGCUUUUUUGUUGGUUUUUUUUUUUUUGCAGACAAGAUGUAUUUAAAACUACAUUAUCCUUUGAUGUUCCUCCAUUUUGAAAACAAUAGAAUGUGAUUUGAUAGAGAUUUCGCUGCUAUUUUCAAUAGCUCAAGCGAUCGUGUACAGGUUUCCUCAAUGGCAUGUUACUAAUUUUGUUGUUGUUGUUGUGUGGACUCAGUUCAACCCUGACCUAUGAUCAAAGACGUUCUAGUCUUGACUAUCCGACAGUGCCUGUCUAAGUCUGAAUUAUGCAAUAUACUUUCUUCUAUAUGGCGAAAAACGUGUCAUUUGAAUGAAAUUUGACUGGUUGCAAUUUCUAGUUAAAAGAGCAAUCAGGUUGACGUCACCCCGUUGGAUUGUGGUUGCUUGUUUGUGUGUGAGCGUUUGAUUGUGUGCGUGCGUGUGCAUGUUAGUGAGUGAUCAUUGGUGGUCUCAGAAUCAAUGAAGUUUAUAGAUGGAUUAGAGAGAUCGCUCUACUAACUACUAUUCACCCUAUGGGUGUCAUUUACUAUAUAAAUUCACCACUUUGUACUAUGUAUGUAUGUAUAUCACCUUGUUUCGCAUUUAUGUGCUUACUCUGGUGUACAUGUAUGUAUAUAGAUGCAUGUAUACAUGCACGUGUGUGUACAUGUGAGUAUGUGUACACAUACACACGCACACACACUAUGCCGUAUGGAAAUCUCUUUUACAAUGGGUGCUUGUUGUAGCUAUCAAAUGACAUACAUUGCUAUUUAUGCGUGGAGAGAGUACAUAGAUAAUUUUCAUAGCAAUAUGCCUAUAUUUAUGUGUGAGAGCAUGUAAGUGUGUCUGAUGAAGAGGGGUGUAAGAUACAAGGACGCCAGUCAAAGAUAAUCACCAGAAACUGAAGAAAUUAUUGUUUGGUCUGGUUCGGUUGAAACACAUCUCACUUGCAAUGUCUUCUUUAUGUUUUAAAAAUAGGAAAAUUAAUAGACACUAUAGCCAAAAAGGAGGCACAAGUAAAACGAGAGACUCAGUCUUCGGUUGCCUGACAGCUCUAAUAAUAAUUUCUUUAUUGGUGACAAGGGCGUGUAAUAGUGUUAAUCAUAAGAAGCAUAAAUUGUGAUAUAGACGUGUGCCGUGAAUCACGUCUCGUAUAUCAAUUAAGAUAUCUAAUUCUCAUUGGCUCGUUUCAACUAACUGCUUAAAGAUGCCGUAUGGAGGCGCAUUACAUUCUCCAUAAGAGGCAAAGGCGUGUAGAUCAGUUGUGAACAAUCUACGGCCCACGGGACUUUCUGAAUGGCACGGAUAACAAAAACUUACGUUAAAUGUAUUUUGGAGUGCGGCUCGCGAGAUUAUGAGCCAUGUCUCAUGCGGCCUGAUUCUGGGGAAAGGUUCCCCAUGCCUGGAAAAGAUGACGAGUAUCCUUGACUUGCUGUAAAUUGUUAGCACAAGUCCUAUAGUGGACAUUAUCUGCAUAAGGCUAACGUCCUUGGCAGAAUAAAAAAAAAGCUUCUCAAUCUCACUUUCUCCCCUUACUCUCUCUUUCUCUUUCUCUCUCUCUCCUUCUACCCAAAUAGUCUCUAAAAUCUGGAGUAACCACCAACACACGGUUGGUGGUUCAUUCUGGUAAAAGAACGCAAAUAGAAAUGGAAAUUUACUUCAAGCAGAGCGGUGGUGGUGUAUAUGCCUAUUUAGAUAUAUGUUCAAUUGUAAUUAUAAAUGUGAGAGUAUGAGUGGAUACGUAAGUACAGUACCGGAUCUAAUGCGUGUAUGUGCAUGUGAUUGGCUAUAUAUAUAAAUAUUGAAUGUUAUAAAUGAAGUAUGAAUGUAUCUCCAUUUCUAUGUACAAAUUGUGCAAUAUCAUUAUUAUUAUUAUUAUUAUUAUUAUUAUUAUUAUUAUUAUUUAGGCGAUGAGCUGGCAGGAUCGUUACUGCGCCGGACAAAAUGCUUAGCGUCAUU